AUGGAAUCUUUACCUGACGAACUUCUCUUAAUUAUUUUUCAAUACUUCAAUAGAUUUGAUUUACUUGACUCUUUUGGUAAUUUAAAUCAACGUUUUCAACGUAUUCUUGAACCUUAUUUGUAUGAAAUCGAUCUUACACGAGAAGAUCUCUCCUAUCAACAUUUUGUAACAUUUUAUCAGUAUAUUGCUCCCAUCCAAGGACAUUAUCUUCGCGCACUAAAGCUGAGUGGUGAACAUCAAUUUCGUCUAUUCCAAUCUCUCAUUCAUCUUUUCAUAAAUCUCGAAUCAUUGACACUUAAAUCGAUCGUAUUCUUUGGCUCUCAAGAGUAUGCGCAACUAGAAAAUCUUCUUACUCAAGCUCUACAGAUACAAUAUCUAUCUACACUAUCACUCUCUCGUCUUGAUGCACCUGAAACGAUUGCGUCUUUUGCAUCAUCAAAUUUGACAUCAUUAAUUUUACUAAAUGAGCAUAAUUUCGAUUAUCCUCAUAUUCAACAACCAAUAUCUACGAUCAAAUAUUUCUCUCUGAACCUUCGUCAGUUCCAAUCUACAACAUUUUCGUCUGUAUUCAAAAUAUUACCAAAUCUUGAAGAGUUCAAACUAUCAAUACUGAACUAUUACCAUAAGUCAACUAAUCAACAUCACCGACCUAAUGUACAAGUACCAAAAACAUUAAAUAAACUCUAUUUAGAGUUUAAACAUGAAGAACCAUUAAAUGGUGAAGUUUUAAAGGAAGAAUUUCUUGAUGUAUUCAAAGAUCAAAUUCGAUCAUUGACUCUAAUUGUAUAUAAUGCUACUAUAGAAUAUUCCAAUUUACAUAAUUUAUUAAACGAUUUUACUUCUCUCGUUACUUUUCAAUACGAUAUUCGUUCAUUGGAUUCUAAUUUUACAUCUUCAUCAGCUCUAGAUUUGAAUCUAAAUCAUAUCAAUUUUUGCAAAAACUACAGUUCAUUCAAUAACUGCACGAUAUUAAAAGCAUUAAAUCUAACAUUUCACGAUCAAAGUACACUAUCACCUGAUGAACAUUAUUUUUUAACAGAAUUUCUCGGUUCGUUACCAAAAUUAGAUACAUUAACUGUCUUUACUGAUGACACAAAAGCUGUAAUUCAACAGUUAAAAUCACUGGUUUCGAAAAAAUCUUCAAGAAAAAUGACUCAAUUCUACAUUGAAGAUCUUCGACAGAAUGAUCCAAAAGAUCACUGCCCACGACAUCCACCAAUAUAUGACACAACAUUGAUCUACGAACUAUCACAACUUUUUCCGAAUCUCAAUACUUUAACAUUCCCAUGUCAUACAAAAUUCAUUAGCGAAUAUCCAACUACAUUAACUAUAUUUCUUAAACAAUUACAAAAUCAUCUUCCGAAAUUGACACAUUUCACAUUAAAAUUGAUGUAUCGGGAUCGUGACACGUAUGAUAAUUAUAUCAAAAACUUGGACGAAUGUUCUUGGUUAUAUCAUACCACAACACGUUGUUUGUAUCCAGAUUAUAAUGGUAGUUGGUAUGAAGCACAUGAUCUUCAUAUUUGGUUGUAA